AUGGACGACUAUCUAUUCCGCUGGCAUCUUGAUCAAUGCAAAUCUGUCGAGGAGAAAACGACUUAUUUGGAAAUCUUCAACUAUUCGGAUCCAGCUUAUAAUAGCUGCGAGGACCAUUCUUUACUAACAGAAGAUGACUUUGAAAACUUCCUUCGACAAACUGGCACAUUUUCUCCUCAGACGCUGAAAGAGGGAGUGACAUUACAAGAUGGAAUCCGUUUGAUAAUUCAAAAAGAGGCCAACCAUGCCAAUACAUUUGCGCCUGAUUAUAUAUCUCUUCAGCGAUCUACUUAUGAAUCUAUGGUGAGGACAUGGCAUCUCCCAUUACGAGCCAUUGAGGGUAGUAGUAUUGUUGGGCCCUUUUUUUGGUGCUCUCACGAUCAAGAUAGGGAUGAUCGUCAUCUACAAAUUAUCUUCCGGAAAUCUGAUGUGCGCAAGAAAGGCAAGACUCGAGGAUGGGAGAUUAUGCUCUCAUAUUCGUAUAAGACGCGUAUAACCUCGGGAUUUGUCAAAGGUACUGAGUCGUCAGAUAUUGUGAAGUCGCUGAAACACUUGAGCGCCUGCCGAGCUGAAGUCGGCCACCCACUUCUUCUUCCAAUCAUCAUUCUCUCUCACGAUCUUUCAUCUAAGGGUGACAAAAGACAACGCGAUGCACGGGAUUGGCUACGUCGUCUUGAGAAUGCUAUCACUAUGCGAAACGAGAUUGACCUAGCAGAAGUAUAUUCCGAAUUUGAUGUGGAUGGCAUCAAUCGGGAUCUUGUUGAAUGCCAUUCCCAGGUCCUCUGGAAGCGGCCGCAAGCAUACCAAGAGAUCAUCAAAGAAAUCAAGGAGGCAAUGCGAAAGUUCAUGGAAUAUGAGCCGAUCGGGGGCCAACCAUAUGAAACCAGCGCCUUGAACGACAGCAUGCUAGCUAGGCUGGAUUUCUACCGAGUGAAACUCACGGGUAUGGAACAUUACAUACAUACGACGCUGGAGAGAUUACACAUACAACGGCAAGCUUUGUAUAACAUCAUGGCUCAGAAGGAAUCCAAACUCAACCUCGAAAUAGCCUCGCAACAGAGGAGAGUAGCACAUGCUACUAAGCGAGAUGGUACUGCUAUGAAGACACUGUCUCUCCUUGGUGCUGUGUUCCUCCCUGGGACGUUUAUGGCUUCCGUCUUCAGCAUGACUUUCUUUGACUUCAAGAUCGGGCCGGACAACGGUGGCUCCUCGGGGAACUCAGAGGUUUCGAGUGAGCUGUGGGUGUACUUUGCCGUCACAGUACCAUUGACGUUCUUGAUCGUGCUAGUUUGGUGGUUUAUAGAUCACAGACGCGAGAGAAAGUAUGCCGAAGAGGAUAUUGAAAUCGAGAAAGGUAUCGACACCAUGGAAAAGGAUAUCUUGGCUAUCAUGCGCAAGAAGACUAUAAAUAAGGCCUCUACGUGGAACUCUUCCGGAACACCUGCGGCGACGGCGUUAGCGAAAAGAGAGAAGCUUAUGGCGCUGAGAGCACAUGACCAGGCCCUUGAAUUGAUUUAA